GACAGUAGUGAACUCACUUGCUACAGGAAGUGUACGAAAAUAUUUGAUGAGGUGCUAAACGGUAGCAGGAUGCAAAUCUUUAAUGGGGAGACGAUGUGUAAAGCCUCCAAAUUGAUCGCAAAAAUGCAUAAAAGGGUAUUUGGUUCGAACAUUCCAUUGAACAAAGGAUUUGGACGCCAGAUCGAUCUGAUUCUUUCUGCUCAUAAUGGGGAACUAUCUAUGAGCGAAUGGAAGAGACUCAAAGUAUCGCCACAAAAGUCGCUGAUCCAGCAGGCCAGGAACACUAGGAUUAUAAGGCCAUCCUUUCCUAUCUGCUGA